AUGUCAAAUCCAUUCUUUAGUAAAACGAAAAAAGAUGAUUUGUUUCAAGCUGCCAAAGAUGGUAAUUUGGACCAACUCAAAAAGUUUAUAGAGCAAGAUGGAAUGAAACCAUCGGAUGUCGAUGAAGAUGAGAGAACUCUCUUGCAUUGGGCAGCAUCGAAUGGUCGAAUAGUAAUAGUACAAUAUCUUAUCAAUGAAUGUAAACAAUCGGUAAAUACAAGUGAUGAUGGUGGAUGGACUCCACUUUUGAGUGCUGUCAGUUGUGGUCACGCUCACAUGGCAAAGCUGCUUCUGGAGAACGGUGCCGACGCCAACUGUCAGAACGACUCGAAGCGAACACCUCUACACUACGCUUCCUCCAAGGGAAAGUCGGACAUCGUCGAUCUCCUACUGCAACACGGUGCAAAGAGCAGAAAGGAUGACACAGGCAGCGCACCAAUUCACCGUGCCGCUGCAAUCGGUAACACUGCGAUCAUCGAGCGUCUCGUGAGUUCCGAGAAGAACGACAUCAAUUCAACCAACGUCGAAGGCGACACAGCAGCACACAUUGCAUGUAUGUAUGGCUUUGACGAGGUGGUGCAUCUGCUUCUAUCGCUCGGUGCUGACUUUACAAUGGAAAAUAACGAACAAAAGAAACCCUACCAAUUGGCAGGAAACAGUAUAAAAUAUAUUAUAGAUGAAAUUGUAGUUUUCAUCUCCACCUGGUCUCAAACCUUUGAAUUCAUUAAUAAUGUUUGGUUAACUCAUAUACUCAUAUUUCAUUCAUCAUGUUCUGCUUCUGCUGCUGUUGUUGUUGAUUGUGUUGUUGGUUUUAGUUUUUAUUUUGUUUGUUUAUUUUUGAUUUGGUUGAGUUUAGUUUGUAGUGCUGUGGUUAUCUACUGUGUAUGUAACACUAAUACUGCUGCUGCUUCUGAUACUGCACAACAACAAUCAAUAACUAUAAUCAAUCCAACAACAACAACAACAUCAGUACCAUCGUCACUUUAUUAA